AUGGCAAGAGUGCUGUCAGGUAGCCCCAGUGGUAGCCUCCCACACAUUCAGGCUUUGAAUGAACAUCUGCUGUGGGGGCUAACCCCAUGGCUGGUGGGAUCAUCCCUUCGCCUGUUGUGUUUUUGCCAUGAUUUGCCACAGGGAAAUGUAUGUUUGUUUGGCCCCUUUUAAAAAUGCUACAAGUUAUCUCUAGCUAAAUUUUGGACAAGCUCCUCACAGCUUGAGGCCAGUAAUUAAUGCCUGAUCAGAAGCAAUAUCAGGUUAUUGGUAAACAGGUGCCUUUCCACAGCUCAAAGUACAUGCCACACUGAUUGAGCUACCGAUAAAAAUUGACAGUAUCAAAAGUGUUUUCUGGCCUCACACCAAAAUAACUUGUUGUUUGAUAUCAAGGGAAAAAAACAUUUUGGUCAAACCUUCAAUAAACACAGUUUCUAUUAUCACAUCUUCCUGCCUAUUUAUCACUGUAUGGCUAGAGCUGUUUGGAAAUUUUCACCGUUUCAUGUUGAAAUGAAUAUGAAAUAUUUUGCUUUGUUCUCUUUUUCUGGCCAUGUUUUGCUCUUUUUUUUAGUCUUUUGUCUUUUCAGUGCCAUAUGCGCCUGAAAUAUUUUUGCUUGUCAGAGUGACAUCAGUCCACGAUGGCUAAGAAAACAUCACUUUAAAAGUAAAUUCGCGCUGCCUCAAACUUAUAUCACGCUUAUUCCAUUUCGUUUAACUUGUCAAAUGCUGGCAAAUUUUUGGGGGGUUGAAUUCUAAGGGACUGUAUCAAAGUUCAUGCAGGAAAAGAAAAAAAAGUUGUUGUCAUGUUGUAGUCGUGAAUGACGGCUAAGAAAUGUACAAAAAAGCUUGAUGCAUGUGCAAAUUUUUUUUUUUUUGCCAAUCUAAACCUAUUGAUUUUACCAUCGCCAUAAUCGCUUAAGCUCGCCAUUAAGGCUGGAUGCAGGUGCUAUCCCCAGCUGGCUACUAUGAGCUUGACCCUUGGCUAACUUCAUAGGAAACAAAAGGAAAAAAGAACCAAAAGAACCUCCUACAUGCAGCUGUUCAUUAUGCCAUGUUUACAGUUCGCACAUAACUAGAAACUUGAAAUCUUAGUAACAGCCCUAAGUCAUUAUGACGGUGAUGAUUCUAUUGGUGACUUUGCAGACAAUAAAAGACGGUGUUAUUAUUUUGCAUAAAAAAUAAUGUAGAGAGGUACCAGCGGCUAUAAUCAUUGUUCAAUUAUAUGAUUUCCCAUUGCUUCCAGAACGUUGAUGUUGUGCGGCGCUCCUGGCUGUUUAAUGUCAGCACUUCACUGGAAGACCAAGAUGUCACUGGCGAGAGACAAGAAACUGCCCAUUUAUCUGAGGGACACAUCUCCGCUGAAUUGCAACUACGGAAUGAAUGUGAAACCCUUUGGCAGGAGUUGAACAAUGUAAGAUCAUGAUUGUUAUCUAUCAAUCUAUUUGAAAAACAUAUUUUUUCUCCCAGGAUAUUUUUUCUCACCAUUUUUAUGUGGUUUGUUGGACCAGAUGCCAACUAAUUGGAGUGAAGUUUACAUGUUUUCAGUGAAAUUUGUAACCACUUGAAUUACAAUUAAGCCCUGCUAUUGUUUUGUAAGGCAAAUUAUUAUAAAGAGGCCUACUGUAUGGCUGUGCCCAGGCAAGUUGACCGUAAAUGAAUACAUAAGUUUGUGUAUGUUGACAACAGCCUAUAAAUAUAGAUAUUUCUUGUAGACAUACACUAAAAUAGAACAUGCAUGUACACUGUACAUUGUGUAUAACAUGAUAAUCAUUGUUAUUAUCAUUUUUAUAUAUGACCUUUUCUCUUAGUUUGAAUUAUUUGAUUUUCCUUUAGUUUUGUCUAUGGAUUUUCUAAAAGUACCUUCAGGAAUUUUUCCUUACAUUCUCAUUUAAUUGAGGCUUGUUUACGUCACUAUUUUUCUUACUAUGACAUUUUGAGUGCACAAAUCCUCUAACAAGCUGCAGUAACAUAAAAUCAUGUGUUUAUAGUGCUGUUAUCAUCUUUCAUUAGUUCAUGUAACUCCAAAGAAAAAAACUGCAACCCCAAUACAGUCAAUCCAGCCGUGAAAAUGUGACCCCAUCCAGCGGCCCAUCCCCAUUAGCCUAUUACUAGGAAGUAUUCCCCCUGAGCUUCAGGUACAAGACCUCCAACUUCAUGUGCCAGAGCUUUUCCACUUUGUGUUCUAGUUUUUAUGGAGAAUUAAUACCAUCAUCUUCACUAAACUAAUGAUCCCUCCUAAAAUAAGUGCCCCCCCCCCCCUUAUUAAACCCCCAACCCCCUUGCUUGAAUUAAAUAAGCCCCCAGGGGGGCUUAAUAGAGGGUACAUGGUAAACCCUAAAAUUGAAUUGUAACAUUCAUUAUUAAUUUUUAGACUUUAUUUGUUUUACUUGAAGACUCAUGCCCGGCUAGAAGCAAGAACUAGGGCAGGCUCAUCUAAAGUGGAUGAAGGCGGCUUGGAUGGUUCGAAGGUGGGCCUGUUAAUAGGUCUUUCUCAAACCUAUAAUUAUCAGUUUAUGUGUACUUUAAAUAAUUUAAACUAUCUAUCUUUCUAAUUUGAGUGCACCCGCACUAAUUUGAUGAGUCUGUCCCAUUCCUGUCUUCUUGCCAUGACAGAUAGAGAUAUCCUGCUUGGUAAGAAGACCGAUACAAGUAUCUCUCACUAGUUAGUCGAUAAAUAUUGUUGCUGGGUGCGUCCUUGAGUGAGUGCUGUGUUUUGGUUUCUAAAGAAGUAGUUUGGAAACAAUGAUUCUCAUUCUUGCUUCUCCAUCAGUGGCUACUAAACUGCAGCUGACUUAUCUGGAGACUUGUUAAAAUUGGAUGCAGGUCCAGGUUGUAAAGCUCGUUGUUAUGAUCUUUUAAUAAUAAUUAUUGACAUUAAUUAAUCUUAAUGUGAUGAACAGACUUAUUCAUGGAUAUAUUAAACAGUUUGGCAUAAUUAUCCAUAGGUACUUGAAAAAGUGCUUAAGGUAAAAGAAAAGAAACUUCAGACGGAACUCGUAGCUUUGGAAAAUCAGGGCCUUCAAGGUGAGCAUUUGCAUGAAAUUAAUAAUAAUAAUAAUAAUAAUAAUAAUAAUAAUAAUAAUAAUAAUAAUUUACAUUUAUAAUUUAAGUUUAUAAUAAUGUACAUGUAUACUGUUAAUAAAUUAAUAAAUUAACUGUACCCUCAUAUGCAGGGUGCAAAGAAAAUCAUUUUUACAGCCUGCCAUUCGGGCAAGCUGAAGCUAGCAUUUACUAGCCCAGAUGUCAUUUCAACCAGCACCCCCCCCCCUCCCAAACUUUUUGACUAGCAUUCAGAAUUGAUUUCACAGUUCUUCUGUUAUUCGAAUUCCUCAUUCCUCAGCAUUUUUCUCUUUUGUUUCUCAUAGUUACAUCAGCAAAUCCAGAGUACACUGGAACAUGUCUAAGGAGUGAGGUACAGUGUAUAAACCCCACUGACUUCAGAGUACAUAAUAGAAUAUUGUUUUGUUUUUUUUUUUUUGCUGUUGCCAUUGUUAUUUUGUUAUUGUAUUGUUUUUUUUGUUGUUGUUGUUUGAUUUUUUUUCUAAAGACUCUGAGCAUUGGAAAUUUUAGUGCGACUUAAGUGUGGGGGUAGAGUGGAGGCCAUCAAUAUUCUUUAGCACCAAACUUCAGAAUUGUUCUAUACCACUGUUUUGUUUUAUAUAAGUUGCUUACAAGUAUAACACAGUUGGAAGAGACAUUAGAAGUGAUUAGAAAGCAACGCAAAGAAGUAGAGGAUGAACUUAAGAGGUAUUUAUCUUUUAUCUAAAGUUACUGUCAAGCUCAGAAAACCGUGAACCAGUGAUCUUCUUACAUCUGCGUCCUGCGUCCCUAACGAAUAGAAAAAAAUAACCUGGUUACAGGAAAACUCCAACUGGCAGGACACAACCAGUAAGAAAAAUUACCCACAGGACAGGGGGAUUUGAACCAUGAAUUGCUAGUCCUGAGACUUGGCUACUUGGGCAAACAGUGCACCCACUUAUUUUGGGACUUAUCGGUUGAUUACAUGAUCAUUGAUUUUCAGAGAGGAAGAGAUUCUUAAUCAGCAUAAGGAGAUUGGUCGCUCUCUUCAAAUGAAAAUUGAGAGCCUGGAGCAAGAAAAAGAAAAUGCUCCUAGUGGAAUAAGGUAUUCAAAACAUUAGUUCUGUGUAUACAUAUGAUAAAUAGUUUUUGGGUGCAUGGAGGUGUGAUGCUGGCCAGGACAAUGGAACCAAGCCUUGGUCUAUACCAAACCAUUCAUUUUGCUGAUUGAACUAUAAUAUUAAUUUAUUGUAGUUCAAUAAUUAAAUUAUUUAAGUACCCUUUUCUGGACUUACAUGUAGAACCCAAAAUAUCUUCCCUUUGCUAGAUUCCGAUGGACCAAAAAGCCCAAUUCUUGAUACCUGCACCACCAAUCAAUAUUCCACAAUUCCUCUGACUUCUACACCUCUCCCAUACUAGACAUCUUUACCCUCCACUGUGGCACAUAAUGAGUGUAUAAGCCUAUUUAAAAUUUAUAAAAUCAUUGGAUAGCAAUUUUCACGCAUUUUCCUUUGUCUAGCUCUGUACCUGGCACAGUAUGCACUGACUGUGAGACUUAGAGGGGUUGUUUGUUUUAGUAUUUACCAAGUUAUUUUAGUAUUUGUUUAUGUUUGACAGUGUUUCAGGAUUUGUUGAGGAGAUUUUAAUGAUUGUUGCAAAUUCCCAAGAAAAUAGUUUCGGCUACCUGCAGUGCAAAAUUCUGGAUGGAAGAUAAGUAAUGAAAUAUUCUGUGUUAAUUUUUUCAGUCAGAUGAAAGAACUUGAAAAACAAAAGAAAGCUGCAGAUGUGUAUCUUACUCAGAUCAUGAGAAAACUGGUUUGUAGUAUGGCUCCUAUUCAUAGGUCUCUUCUUGACUUUUUCACACUCAAUGAGCAAAAUCUCAUCAAGGCUUUCUGUCAAGCUACAAACAAAACCCUUGAAUGUUUAUUGCAUGUCAAAUCACAGCAAAGAUUAGGACAAGUAAGCAAGCCACACAACCACAAACUUAUAUCUUGCAGUUUAGUUUCCCCACACCCGUUUGGAUUUUCCCUUGCAACACACAGUAACAUUCCAAAAAUAUUUCUGGUGUCCUUGGUCUUGUUAGUUUUACAGUAAAAGCUGGGAACCUGUUAUUUUGAGUCUAUAAUGUACUGUAGUGUUCAAAACUUAGCCUCAGGCAAAUGUUGGUUGCAAGGGGUCACACAGCUCUGCUAGAGCACAGCAGUCUCAUUGGUGUUUUGGACUGAAGACACAACAGCCUAAGGAAUGUCUGCUUUCAAACACCUCACUCAUAUUCAUGAAACAAACUGAAAAUAAAGAAAAAUCCCAAAUCUCAUUUUUUAAAACUUCAUACAAAAGUGCAGUGUUUAAGAGUAUUCUAAGGAGUUCUUUUCAUGGUGUUUCAUCUACAAGAUACAUUACACUUAGCAUGAUUCCUUUGUGAUAGACUCUGAUUAUUAUGCCAAAGUUGCAACACUAAGAUUUAAUUAAUAAUUAUCUAUUCAUUUGUCAUUUUAAUGCAGGGAUCAUUUUUGUCCACAAACUUUCCUCUGCCAUCACCUGAUGAUGUGAAAAGAAACAAGGUACAUUUUUUUAGGACUUAGUUUUCACAUUUUCAUUCAUUCCUUCUACACAGCAUUCCAGGCAAAAAAAAAAAAUUACAAAAAAAAUAUUCCAAAAGAUUGAAUGUGCUUACUGCAGCAUUCCUAUGGAAAAAGCCCCAGGCUGUUCAGAAAACAGUGGGAGGAGCGUGGCAGUCUGUCCACCUGUAGCUUUGUUCUAAGCUUCUUUCUGGUAUCUCCAUUGCCCCUUUAUGGAGAACUCUCUUCACUGUUAGGACCAAUGCAAACAAGAGCAGCGGCAACAUCUUGGUGUUUGUUUAAGGCAAUAAAAAUGACUGAAGAAUUAGCCUGGACCAACUCUACUGUGGGUUUCUGUUUUAAAGAGGUGGACAUUUUAUAGUGGUGUCAAUCAACAGAGAAUUAACCUUCUUGCCUGUUGGUUCACUGAGCGAAGACCAGGCACAUAGGAACGUUUAUGAGGGGGUGGGACGGUGGGGUAAUGUACCCUUGAUUUUCAAUUUGUUAUUACCUUAUCUUAUAUGUUUUUUUGCCUUCUAGAAUCAAGGGAAGGGAGUUCUUGUAGAUCCAAACAUCAGCUAUAUCUCACUUCAACAGCUAACAGAGGUGAGUAGAAAGAAAUAUUGGAGUUCUCAGGGCAUUUUAUAAUAAUAAUAAUAAUAAUAAUAAUAAAAUUAAUAAUAAUAAUAAUAAUAAUAAUAAUAAUAAUAAUGAUGUUGAUGACAAUGUCAGUAAUGAUAAUGAUUAUAUCAAUGAUAGUGAUAGUGAAAAUGAUAAUAAUGAUAGUAAAUCUUUAAGUCCCAAGGGUGACCAACGUCCAUUUUCUCCUAACAACAUCAGCAGAUCAUCAAGAGUACAGGUUAUGAGAAUUACUUAAUUGAUUACCAAAGAGAACGCUUUGAUCUUAAACCAAAUUCUCUCAACUAUUCUUAAAAGAAAUGUAUGGAGACCAGUCUGGAGAAUUUGUAUUUGGAUCUUGGGGCUUAAAGGGUUAAGACGGCUUGCCUGGGCCCCUGUCCAUUUUGCAAGUAAGGAUUGAAAGUUUCUUGCCCCGAACUCAGAGGACCGCCAGACAAUACUUAUUUCCUGAAUCCUGAAUCCUACAGUAAUAUCAUUUGAAUGGACAUUUACAGUGCUAGAGGGUGAAAAUGUCUUAAUAUAAACACAUUUCAAACGACAAAUAAUUUCUCUCAAUAGGACCUGAUGAACAUGUUGUACGCCAGGCCUCACGAUCCUUACAUCCGAAUAAAGGAUUUUCACUGGCCUCCGUACAUUGAACUGUUACUAAGGUGUGGCAUAGCUCUGCGGCACCCUCAAGACUGCAAUCGUAUUAGACUUGUGGCGUUCAAUCGAUAA